AUGGAGAGGAGCGAGCAUCACGAUGAGAGUGAUAAUACCACAUCCGAUGAUGACAUAUUGAUUGAAAAUAUUAAGAAAAAAAACUGCUGCAUCAAAUUAAAGGACUCGAAACAGAUAAAUGAAGGAAAAAAGGAGGAGACGAAAUCGAAGGAGGUUGCGAAGAGCAAUAGUAAGACAGUUUUGAAGAAAGAGACGAGUACCGUUAUUCGAAAGGCCAAGUCAAAAACGAGUGCGAAGGAAAGGACAGAGGCUCCCUUACAUGAAUGUAAAGUGGUGAAAAAAGAUACGGCAGCUGCAACCACGGAGUAUACAGCUAAGGAGAAACCCACUACCAGGAACAAGACAGAUAAAAAAGACGCGAUGGUGAAAAAAAGAAAAUCAAGUGUAAAGGGAAAAAAAGACACUGAUGCUGAUGGGAAGGCCACAGCCGCAAAAGUUGUAAAAAAGAGAGAAAGCAAAGUCAAGAAGGAAACAAAUAAAAGACCCAAAAAGAUAGUUAAAAAAACCGAAGAAAAUUUCGAACCCAUAAAUAGAUGGUGGGAGAAGAUAGAUCAUCAAACUGAUAUUCAGUGGCAUUACUUAGAGCAUCGGGGUCUUAUUUUUUCCCCUCCAUACGUACAACACCAUAUUCCCAUUUUUUAUAAAAGUAUAAAAUUACAGUUAAAUGAAAAAGCAGAGGAGUUAGCUACCUACUGGUGCAGCGUAAUAGGCAGUGAUUACUGUACCAAGGAAAAGUUCAUAUUAAAUUUUUUUAAAACGUUCAUAUGUACCUUAGAGAAGGAUAACAUAAUAAGACAAGAAAAUGAAAGCAAAUUGAAAAAAGGAGAUAUCUCCAACUUUAAAUUUAUCGAUUUCAUGCCAAUUAAGGAUCACCUAGUUAAGUUAAGAGAAGAAAAACUUAAUAGAACGAAAGAAGAAAAAGAAGAGGAAAAGAAACUGAGGUCAGAAAAAGAGCUACCAUAUACGUAUGCCCUGGUUGACUGGAUUCGUGAAAAAAUCUCCAGCAACAAAGCGGAACCGCCUGGUCUAUUUAGAGGUAGAGGAGAGCACCCAAAGCAGGGUUUGCUCAAAAAAAGAAUAUUCCCCGAAGAUGUCGUGAUAAAUAUAAGCAAAGAUGCCCCUGUCCCUCGAUUGUACGACGACAUGUGUGGUCACUGUUGGGGAGACACCUACCAUGACAAUAAAGUCACGUGGUUAGCAUACUACAAGGACAGCAUAAACGAUCAGUUAAAGUAUACUUUUUUAUCGGCUCAAUCAAAGUUUAAAGGCUAUAAAGAUUUUCUCAAGUACGAAAAUGCAAGGAAGCUAAAAUCAUGUGUUCAUAAGAUUAGGGAAGAUUAUAGGCACAAAAUGAGGAGCAAAAGCAUCCUGGAGAAACAGUUAGGCACGGCCGUUUAUUUGAUAGACUUUUUGGCCUUAAGAGUGGGGGGGGAAAAAGACAUCGAUGAGGAGGCGGAUACGGUCGGCUGCUGCAGUUUGCGGGUCGAGCAUGUUAGCUUUUCCCACGAGGUGCCCAUUAAGAAUGAGAGCAAGGAGGAGAAGAGCAAAGGGGAGAAGAGCAAAGGGGAGAAGAGCAAAGGGGAGAAGAGCAAGGGGGAGAAGAUCAAGGAGGAGAAGAACAAGGUGAAAAACACGAAAGGGGAAUCCGCCCCAAACCAAAAUGACAACAAAGGUAGCAACAAACUGUCGCUGCCCAAAAAUUUAGAAGACAUAGAGGAAGACCACUGCUAUAUAACUCUAGAUUUUUUAGGAAAAGACAGCAUUCGAUAUUUUAACACAGUAAUGCUGGACAAGCAAGCAUACAUCAAUAUGAUCAUAUUCUGCAAAAACAAACACAAAGAUGAAGGGGUGUUUGAUCAAAUUAAUUGUUCAAAAUUAAAUGAUUAUUUAAAAGAAAUUAUGCCAACGUUGUCGGCAAAGGUCUUCCGUACGUACAACGCGUCCAUUACCCUAGAUGAGCAGCUGAAAAGGAUAAAAGAGAUUCGGGGCAAACCGAGGCACCCGCUGCUCGCAUGCUAUGAUGAUUUUCCGAAGAAGAAGAAGAGGAAGCUCGGAAACUUAACUGCGUCAACGAGUAUUCUGAGCGAUAUAAGUGACUCCAGUCAGAAGGGGAGAAGCGGAGAUGGCGAGGGGGAGGAGCAGCAGGAGGAGCAGGAGAAGAAGAAGAACAACAAAGGCGACAACGCAACGGGUGACAACGCAACGGGUGACAACGCAGCGGGUGACAACGCAGCGGGUGAUGACGAGCCGGGUGGCAACCCCCUUGGCGAUAAGAGUGCAGCCGCCCCAAGUAGAAGUUACAGCAACACUUUGGGAGGCAUCCACGCUAGCGAGAAAAACUCGCCCAUAGAAGUGGACGUUUCAAAUGUGAACGAACUGAUAAACUUCUUCAACAACGCCAAUAGAGAAGUUGCCAUUCUCUGUAACCAUCAGAGAAGUAUCCCCAAACAGCACGAUACAGCCAUGUCCAAAAUAAAGAAGCAAAUAGAGAUUUAUAGCGAAGAUAUAAGGGAGUAUAAAAAAUAUCUGCAAUAUCUGAAAAAGGGAACGAACGAGCAAAGCUUCACCUUUGUGUCGAAGGUUGUUACCUUAGAUGGAUCGUUAAGACCAAACAAGGUCAAGGAAAACAUGAAAGAGGAUUCUUGCAAGAAGAAACUAAUUACAUUGAUUAAGAAAGUGGAGCAAUUAAAACACCAAAUGAAGGUACGCGAUGAUAACAAAACAAUUGCCCUGGGGACGUCUAAAAUAAAUUAUAUGGACCCGAGAAUAACGGUCGCCUUCUGCAAAAGGUUUGAAAUACCGAUAGAGAAAAUAUUUAAUAGGAGCCUAAGGCUUAAAUUUCCCUGGGCAAUGUUCGUGACGAAGAAUUUUACCUUUUAG